AAAUGUGCUAGUAUGACCAUCAACGGCACAGAGGGAACCACAUUCAUCCGGUCGGCGUCCGCACAGGGGCUCGCCGGCCUCUGCACUUGGGCUGCUCUUCUUAUAACCAGUCAUCAAAUCUACCAACACCUCCGGUUUUACUCAUGUCCAGCAGAACAGCGUUGGAUUGUUCGAAUUCUAUUCAUCGUGCCAAUUUAUGCCUUCGACUCGUGGCUAUCUCUCAUCUUCUUCUCUGACAACGUCUACAUUUACUUCAACUCAAUUCGCGACUGCUAUGAAGCCUUCGUGAUCUACUCCUUCUUGUCCCUCUGCUAUGAGUACCUGGGUGGUGAAAGCAACAUCAUGGCCGAGAUUCGUGGAAAGCCGAUUCGUCCGACCAACUAUCUAACGUGCACCUGCUGCUUGGCCGGCAAGCAGUACACGAUCGAGUUCCUUCGAUUCUGCAAGCAGGCAACUCUCCAAUUCUGCUUCAUCAAACCAAUCAUGGCUGUCAUCACACUGAUGCUGACUGCAAUUGGAAAGUACGAGGAUGGCAACUGGAGCCUCGAUCAAGGAUACAUCUACAUCACGCUGGUCUAUAACGUCUCUAUCUCGCUCGCCCUCUACGGAAUGUUCCUGUUUUAUGCAGCAACUCGCGACCUUCUCAGCCCAUAUCGCCCGGUUCUCAAGUUCUUGACUGUCAAGAGUGUCAUCUUCUUGUCUUUCUGGCAGGGAUUCCUCAUUGCUAUUCUCGGAGCCACUUCUGCGAUCGACCCGAUUUACGAUGCCGAAGGAAGAGAAGUGAUCGGACGUGGAACAGUCGCCGCUGGAUGGCAAAACUUCUUCAUUUGCAUUGAAAUGUUCUUCGCCGCAAUUGCUCUUCGUUUCGCUUUCAAUGUUUCCGCCUACGCCGAUGCCCACAACGCUAGCAACGCCAACGAUGGCCGCCCAGUCACCCUCCAAUCGAUCAGCUCAUCUCUCAAGGAAACCAUGAAUCCCAAAGAUAUUAUGCAGGAUGCGAUUCACAAUUUCCACCCUCAAUACCAACAAUACACUCAACACUCCAACGCUCAACGACCGCAACAACCCGGGACUAGCACCAGCACUGAAGAACAACGAAUGUCGAAGGGUGGUGCCGCAACGAAUUACUCAACAAUGGUGGAGAGCGGCACCAAUGAUAGCUCAUCAUCAGCUCCGGCUCAAGCCACCGGCAACCUUCUCGACGCAUAGUUAUUUAUUCGUACACCUCUCUCUCUCUCUCACAAAACAUAAGGCAUCUUUAACACAAUUUUUCUUGCAAAAUCAACUCCAACAGCUCCCGAUUCCCUGUCCACAUGUAAUGGUUUGAAAAUGUAUUUAUUAAUUUUUUUAAAAUUUUACAAUUAAAAACAAAAUUUUUUGUUCUAUUUUAAAAAUAAUGCUCUAAAGAGAACACAAAAAUGUUACGCAACUUCCCAUGAGCCAGAAUUAUUUUUUGUAAACUUUCAGAUGAUCUGCGUACCAUGUGGAUUCUGUCAUAUCGCUCUUUCCCCCUUCAAGAAUCUCAAUCAUCGCAUUCACCUGUCCAAUAUACUUAUGCUCUUCAUUUUUUUUUUAAAUUUAAUGGUGAUUUUCAUUUUCCUGUAUCCAUGUUCUUUAUCUAUCGCAUUUUAUAUAUAUAUAUUUUUUUUCUAAUGACUAUAGAUUAUUGAGGUUCGAAUAAAGCGUUCUGUUAAUAAUAA